CGCAAAGGGAAGGACCGAAAGGGUCUCGCUAGUUUGCAUUGGAACAGUUGCAGAGAAGCCGCCAUUUCUUCUUCUGCUUCAAUGAGAACAACUGUGACUCACUCAGCUCAACUUCUAUCUUUCUUUCCCUCUAGUAUUUAGAAUGAAGACGCAGACGCAUUGAGUGAGAGAGAGAAGAGGACCGGAAAGAUGCGUCGUGGGUUGAUUUCCAUUUCACGUUCAAGUCUCCUUCGACCCUUUCAAUGGCAUCUAUCCACAGCCACAGCCACAACCACACCUCCUCCCGAUGACGCCACCGUUCGGCAAACGCUCCUCUCCUUCAACAAUGACUGGAAGCGCGCCCUCGAGUUCUUCAACUGGGUAGAAGAGUCCCACUCCCAGUUCCAUCACUCCACCGACACCUUCAACCUCAUGCUCGACAUUCUCGGUAAGUUCUUCGAGUUCAAGCUCUGCUGGGACCUCAUUCGCCGCAUGAACGCCCACCCCUCCUCUCCCCCCAACCACGCCACCUUCCGCCUCAUGUUCAAGCGCUACGUCUCCGCCCACUCCGUCAACGACGCCAUCGACACCUUCAAUCGCCUCGGUGAAUUCAACCUCAAGGACCACACCUCCUUCUCCAACCUCCUCGACGCCCUCUGCGAGUACAAACACGUCCUCGAGGCUCAGGACUUGCUCUUCGGAAACGACAACCGCGUGACCCUCAGCGUCGACCCAAUCGGCAACACCAAGAUCCACAACAUGGUUCUCCGCGGCUGGUUCAAAUUGGGGUGGUGGAGCAAGUGCAACGAGUUCUGGGAGGAAAUGGACAAAAAAGGGGUUCACAAGGACUUGCACUCUUAUUCAAUUUACAUGGAUAUUCUCUGCAAAGGUGGGAAACCUUGGAAGGCUGUGAAAUUGUUCAAGGAGAUUAAAAAAAAAGGUUUCAAAUUAGAUGUUGUGGUUUAUAACAUUGUCAUUCGAGCCAUUGGUCUAUCCCAUGGAGUUGAUUUUUCAAUUAGGGUUUUCCGUGAAAUGAAGGAGUUGGGUAUCAAACCCACUGUUGUCACUUACAACACCUUGAUUAGGCUUCUGUGUGAUUGCUAUAGACACAAGGAGGCACUUGCGUUACUCCGAACCAUCAUGCCCAGCGAUGGCUGCCACCCCACUGCCGUUUCUUACCAUUGUUUUUUUGCCUCCAUGGAGAAGCCUAAACAGAUACUUGCUAUGUUUGAUGAGAUGGUGGAGAGUGGGGUUAGGCCCACCAUGGACACCUAUGUCAUGCUCCUCAACAAGUUUGGGAGGUGGGGGUUUCUUCGCCCGGUUUUUAUGGUGUGGAAUAAGAUGAAGCAACUUGGGUGUAGUCCUGAUGCUGCGGCUUACAAUGCCUUGAUAGAUGCUCUUGUGGACAAGGCCCUCAUAGAUAUGGCUAGGAAGUAUGAUGAGGAGAUGUUAGCCAAAGGACUUUCACCUAAACCAAGGAAAGAGUUGGGGACAAAGCUGUUGGCUGCUGAUGAAUCUCAAAAUACCAUACAGACACAACACUACUAGUCUAGAUCUAGAUAUUGUACAACUUAAGUGGCUUAUAGUCUGUGAGAAAUCUUUUGCAUGUAGAUAACAUUACUUAUCCUUAUCUUAUAUCCAUCAAUUUUGAAAUAAUCACUCUUUGAAUCCUAACACACUGUUCUCUCCCUUCCGCCGCCCUUCUUUUUUUUUCUUGUUUUGUUUGCUUUUUUGUUCUUUCUGCUUCCUUUGUUCAGUUUACAAACAUAUUUGAUUCCA